UGAAAUGUUUUUCUGAUUCAUUUCCAUACCUUUUGUCCUCCGUGCAGACAUCGUGUGUGUGUGUGUGUGUUUGUGUGUGCGUAUGCGUGUACAAGUGUGGUUGUAUGUGAAACAAUGUCAUGCAUUGGAUCGACGGCAUUUCUUUGGAUGACAAUUUAAUUAGCGGACGCGCCAGCGGCAGCAACGGCGAGAACGGCGACGGCAAUCAGCGGAAAUCAACGCAAAGCUCAUCGCCAACGAGACCAAAACGAAGACGUCAUGCGCACUAUAAGCUAAAUAGCAGAUUGGACAGGAAGUCAUCACGUGGCAUGAUCUACGAAAAUGAAGAACUCAGGUUGCGAACCAUAAACAUUAAUGCGGAGGUGGAAAGAGGUCAAUCCGACAUCAAGCGCUUGAGACGGGAGAAUGAACAAUUACGACGGGAGAUCUGGACGCUGCGGGAUGAGUGCGAUCGUCUCAACAAACGCUUCAAAGCGAAACUGUGCGAUCAUGAGUACGGUGGUUGCCGGGGCAGCGGUGGCAGUGGCGGUUGCAAUGCGCACCGCUGCAGCGGUGGUGGCCGAGGUAGCGGAGGUUGUGAUGUUAACAGUGAUGACUCUGACUCAUGUGAUACUUGUCGCGGCGACGACGGCCACUGCAGCGACGAAUGCUGCCAGGAGGGAGGCUCUUGCACACCCAUCAAGGCGCCGCUGUCAGACAACAACAGCAGCUCGAAUGGCGGCGCUCAGUGCAACGAGGCGCCCAAGAAGGACAGCCAGCCCCAGCAGUACGAUCAUCUCUCGGUGGUGUCUGAGGAGACGCUCAGCAAUCCGGAGCUGCUGGCGCAGCAAAACGACCAUUUGCUGAUCAGCAACACACCCGAUCUCAAUAGCUCUCAGAGCACACUGCCCAGCCUCGUUGGACCGCUGACACCGCUGACGCCCAUAGAACUGGUGGCCAAUCAACUGAACGAUCUGCAAGCGAUGGUGCCACCGCUCUCCUACUUUGAAAACAUCCUGCAGCAACACAUAGCCGCUUGCCUUGCAGCUGUCACGCCUACACCCGAACUGGGCACCAGCUCGAGCACCAGCACCGGCAAGACGAUGCGCCACACCAAUGGCUGGGACUACAAUUUAGAGUCGCCGUUCUCGCAUCGCAAGUACAAUGCCUCCCCGACACGUUCGCCGCCACCGCAGUCUCCACAUCUGGCGCCACCCACGCUGACAACCUUUGUGUCCACACCGCCAGUCCACACAAUGCCCAGAAUAGCAUUGAAUGCACCGCCACCGGCUGCUGGUGUUGGUGGUGCGGAACCUGCCAUUGAGACCGUGGCUAUCACCACAAACGCAACACAGCAAGCGCUCAACAGCCCCAAGCACUUCUUCGCCCCCAUUAAGCCGCGCCUCAAGCUCAACACGAAGCUCGCCAAUCAGGGCGGCGAUGGAGACUCGCUGCCCCCCGGCUCGCCACCGCCACCAUUGGAGACGCCGCCGCAGAUACGCGAGCCGCCUGACAUCUUUGUAAACAAUGCGCUGGCCUCGCCCUAUCAAAGACAGCCGCUGCGCCUCUCACCCCAAGUAAGUCCACGACAUCGCGCCCGCGCCCACUCACAGUGCACUCCGCCCGCCCCCUCGCCGUGCCAGCUCCACCAACGCCAAUGCCAGCAGCAGUCGCCACAAGGUCAGCACUGUGCUUUCCAUCGGUCCGUUGUCAAUGUGGCCGCUACUGUCGGCCUCGGCGUCAGUGGCGCUGGCGCGCUUGUGGGGGCUGGCAGUGUGGUUGACAUCUACACCGCCGCCCUUGCCACUGCCGCGGUAGCUUCGGCGGCAUCUCUGUCUGCAUCCCUGCCUACGCUACUGCCCCAGUCCCAAUCUACUGAGCCGAUCUACGCGACCGCACAAAAGCAUUGCCACAGCACUUGUAUCUCGGCUACUGCCCUGACCAAGCCCGUCAUGACCGUGACAACGAACUCCACAAAGACGACUUCGUCGCCACUGAGGCAGCUCGUCAAGCCGACGGCGUGUGCCAACAGUUCCAAGCCAAUAGCCAUUGCAGCGGUUAUCGAUUGCAGCGCAGAUGCAACUGCCAAUCGGACCGUGGAUCACGGCAGUCAGACGGAUUCGGUGAACUUGGAGUCGAUACUCAACGAUAUUGAAACAAUUUCUGAGGACAUUCUGGCCAUUCAGCUGGAGAAGAGCAAAUCGCGAGACAACCUUUUACCAACACAGAACCAAGAGGGCAGGGAGAAGACCAAGAAACCAUACCGCUCCGAAAUGAAUCUCUAUCUGCACUGCGACGGUACAAAUACCACAAUUUCUCCCGCGACCACAGCCUCCCCCACAGCAACCACAGACAAACUGUCGCGACGCACCCGCUCUCUGGAGCGCGAUCGUGAGCCCACAGACAGUCCUGCACCGCACAUGCCCGAUCCGAUGGCACCGUUUCCGGACAAGUGCACCUAUCUAGGAUUCGACAAGAUUAACCAAGCAGCAAAAAAGCCGGGAGGGCCACUUCAAAGGCCCCAAGUGAAGGCUCCACUUCCACCAACGGGCCCAAAGCCAAGCUUGCCAGCCAAGCCGCCACCACCGCUUCCGCCAGCUCGCACGAACAUACGCAUGAACGGAAACGGAGCUACGCCCGCGGAGCCCCCAUCCCCCCAACCACCCGCCACACCUUCCGUACAUGGCCUGCCUCCGAACAAGAGCCAACUCUACAAAGCGCUGGUCUCGGCAGCAGCGAAACGCGCAGUCUUCCGCUCAGCCCCCACGCAACUGACUCGCUCUCUGGAUGUCGACUAUCCCCCGGCUGAGCCUACAGGGGAUGGUGCAACAGACCUUGAGGUGGGUAGCAUUAAUGGCGAUGCGGAUGCGGGGAAUCGGAAAGCGCGGCGCGUUUCCAUUGUGUGCAGCGAGGAGCAACAGAGUCAGAUGGGUGCCGUGGCAGUCAAUGGAGGAGGUGGUGUUUGUCUGGUGAGCCAAGCACCAACCACAACUGCCAGCUGUGGCGAUCUGGCAAGCGUGGCGGCAGCCGUGCUGGCCCAUCCGGACUUAAAAAACUGCAAGCAGACCAGCCACAGUACGCCCAACUCUCCACAUUCCAUGCGAAGGCGCGCGAUUAGCAAUACAAUGACAACUGGGCAUGCCGAGGUGGCAGCCACGAACUCUGCACCGCCCAGCACCACACACCACCACCACCGCAAGGACAGUGGCGAAGCGGUGCCCUUGACAGCCACUGUUAGUCGCACGAAAUGCUCGCGAAGACACUCCGAGGGAACUGUGCAUAGCGUGCAUCGAAAUAGUAAUGCGAGUGGCGGGGGUGGAGGCGGUGGCGGUGGCGGUGGCAGUCACCACCACCACCCACACCACACGCACCACCAUCAGCAUAGCAGCUCGCUGAUCAGCAACAAUCCGCACCACAGCCACCAUUCCCAUCAGGAUAGCAACCACGAGACCUUCACCUCGCUAUCCGAUCGCAACUCAAACAGUUUCGCCUCGUCCCGGGAGUCCUCGACGAGCUUCAGCAUGCGUUCCAAUAGGCGUAAGAUAUCGAUAAGCUCGCACACAGGUGGCAAGAUACCCUGGUGUGGCUGUUGGGGCAACGGAUGUCUCUAAAGAGAGCUGCGACACAGAAACCCAUCUACCAAUCGGUAUAAAUGGGCAGAAGGCAUUUCGGCGGUCCCUCUGUAGAGCCCAAGAGGAUCACAAUAGAUAUGCGAAGCGAUGUGUGUGGAGUACCUGGAAGGCCUCGUCGUUUCAUGUACUUGUAGAUACCGUCCAAUUAACAAUAAUAUUAUUAAUAUUUAAAAUAAUCAAUGUACAUUUUCUAGAGCUAGGACUAGUUAAAUUAUUCAGUUAAUCAUCAGAAUGUUAAUUAAUUGUUAAUCCUCUCGUCCUUCAAUGUUGCAUUAGUUUCAAAUUGAAUUGAAUUAAGGCUUCAAAAGCAUUUUCUAAA